UGUCAAUUAAUUUUCCCAAAAAUGUACCAACAAAACACGUGCGGUUUGUUUACAAAAACUUCCCAAAGAUUUUCACAGCAAGAAAAUUAAUUUUCAUUAUUUUUCCAUGAGAAAAUGGUUUGUUUGGAGCUUGUGGAUAGUCCAAGAGUAGAAAUGGCGAGUGAUGUAAUGGAAUACGAUGAAAUCUUGGAGGAUUCAUUUGCUGCUGCGGAUUUGCAAGUACGACAAGUUGCCGGUGGGAAAAUCACGGAAUUUCCACCAAUUUUCUCAGAUGACGGAGAGGAUAUUCUUCUCGUUUGGAACAACACAGUGAGAGUCUUCAAUGUGGCCACGGGGAAAUGGGUGCGGGAUCUCGAUAAGACAGACGCUGAUCUUGUUGCCAUUGAAUUUGAUCCAACAAAUUCCCAGGAAAUCAUUGGAUGUACAAAGGAUGGCGAUGUGGUUACAUGGAAGUGGAAGGCAGGAGUUAGAUGCCAGAGAAUUAAACUAAACAUCCCCCAGACGAAUUUCCGCGUGAUGUCAUUCAAUUUGUUUGAAGGACUCGAUGGCAAUCUCCAGGCUGUGAUUGUCUACUUCUACGACAAUGAUUCUUCGAUUAAAUUAGAUGUUUUCCGGCUGGCCGAUGGGGAGAGUCUCAAUGGAUUCCCGGGGAAAUUCAAUCAGCUAUCGACUCAAUCCUUCAAAGUCUCAAUGAAUAACAAGCAAAAGUUCUUUGCCCUGAUUCAGCGGCAUGUACUCUAUGUCGGGAAUUUGGCCACAGGGAAGCGCCGAUUCCAUUUUAAUCUUCAGAAUCGCUUAUUUACGACCGUUGCCGUUCAUCCCAUAUCCCCAAUUAUUGCAACUGGGGACCAUUCCGGAAAGAUCAUCCUGUGGAUGAACACAGACUCGUAUGAGCCAUUAAAGUCAAUUUAUCACUGGCAUCCGGCUCCUGUGAAAUGCCUCUCCUUCUCUGAGUCCGGCACGCAUUUCUACUCAGGCGGAGUGGAGCAGGUGCUGGUGAAGUGGACGCACAAUCGUCCGGAUAUGCGGAAGUUCCUGCCACGAAUGCGUGGCACAGCAAUUCACAUAACCAUAGCGCCGAAGAAUGAGAAGAUCGCCGUGGCUCUCAGUGACAAUGGGAUUCAACUGCUGAACGCCAAUCUGGAGGUGCAGACACUCAUUCAGAACUUCUGUCACGUUGCGGACGAUGGCACGGGAGAGAAUCCCUUCCCAGCGGGCAUGAUCAUCAAUCCGCGCAGCAAUUGUAUCGUUCUCAAUGGUCGCGUGGGGCAUUUGCAGUUCUUCUCGACGCACACAAAGAGCUUCCUCUACGACGUAGACAUUACGGGGGAGAAUCAGAUGAACCCUGAACCGAUGAGCAUAAUCUACAACACGCGUGUCACGAGGGUUUCCAUCUGCAUGGAUUGGAUGGCAACGGCGGAGUGUUGGAAUGAUCAUGAACACUUUAUUCAGACAAAGAUUAAAUUUUGGGAAUUUAGCAAAGAGAAGCAACUCUUUGUCCUCAACACGGAUAUCCAGAUGCCGCAUGAGAAAGCCAUCACGGCGCUUGUCUUCUCCAAAAUCUACUUCUCCGACAGUGUGGUGUGUGCAUCAGCUGGUGGUGAUAAUUUCCUGAUUAUUUGGAAGUGUGACAGCGCCGGGAAAAGCUGGAGCAUUCACAGACGCCUCCGCUAUCGCAACUAUCCCAUAAAGAGCGUUGCCUUCUGCCAAGAUGGGACACUAAUGGUGGCGGGAUUUGGGAAUGUUUGCAUUGUCUACAAAACGAGUGAUUUAACAGUUAAAACCAUCUUCUGUGCUCCAUCUGGACUCGAUGGGGGCAUUGGGAAAGUUUCCUUUUUAACUCCAAAAUCCUUCCCAGACGCCAAUGGAGAUGCCAAGUCCAUUGAAGGGAAAAAUAGAGAAAUAUCAGAGAGGAAAAGUCAAACAAUUCAACUGGUGCACGCAUUUCUCGAAAAGAAUUCCAAUGAUCUCCUUAAAUCAAUUAACAGUGAAAUGAAUACCCCUAAAAUGCAGGAGAAAUGCACAAAAAUUGAUAAAAUUGAUCAAGAAGAAUUAUUUAGCAUGAUUAUGGGACUGAAAGAUCUCGAUUUAGAUCAGAAACUUUGCAUGCUCCAUCACAUGGAGAUUUCGUGCAAUGUGAAGAAGGAUCUGAGGCGACGAAUGAAGGAAUAUUUAGAGAAAUCAGACAUACUCUCACCAAAUCUCGAUGCAACCACUGAGGCAUUUGCUGCUAAUUUAGGAGAGAUUCACAAAUCAUCAAAAAUUUCCCAACUUUGGCAUAUAAAGAAGAGAAGAGAAUUUCAUGGGAAGUUUAAGAAAGGUCAAGGAAAUCUCCCUGAUUGUGGUGAUCAAAACAAUCUGCAUGAGAAUGGGAAUGCAUCAAUGGAGGAAGAUGGUGGAGCAGAAAGUCCAGCAAAGGCUUAUCCUCUAACGGAGCCAGCAGAAAUUCAACAAUUAGUUUUCUCAAGUGGCGAAUAUGCGCACAUUUUGGUUGCAGCCACAAAGAAUCGUGUCCUUGUUUGGGAUUUAAUGUCGCUCAAAUUGACGAGUGUCAUCAAAAUUUCAGCAGCUUCCCUGAGUGUGGAUCCUCUCACGGGGCUAUUUGCAGUCUUCACGAAGCAGAAUAAUUUAUUCGUCUUCUUGCCGAGUUCACCAAUUCCAAUUUAUCAUAAACGCGACAUGCCGGGAGUUUAUGAUGCUCUGUGGGUUCCACGACAGGAUCCCAAAUCAACUUCAUUGUCCAUUGAUUGGCAAUCGCAAUCGCAGCUGUUUUUCCUCACGCACGAGCAGGAGCUCCUUUGUCUGGGUUUGCGGAAUGAUGACGAUGACUUACUCCCAAUGGUGACAUUCCUCAGUGAAGCAGACACAGUGAGCAAUUACACACCCUUUGGGGCGAUGAUUGCGAAGCAAAUGCAGGAGAGAUCUCAAUUUCUCAGCAAUGUUGCAAGUGAAAUGCAUCAUUCAACGGGGAUCCUUGGGAAAUCCAAAGUUAACGAGCUCAUCAAUUCAAUACCGCAUGCAAUGGCACCAGCCAAUACAUUGAGCAAGGGUUUCCUCAAGUCAUUGCUGAUAGCGCGGAAGAAAAAGGUGGAAAGUCACGAGAAUGCUGAUAAACAAUCACCGGGCGUGACGUCCAAAGUGCCGACAAGUGAGGAAGAUGCAAAAAUAGCGGAGAGAUUGGAGAGGAUGAAAAUUUGGGAAAAGCACAAAAGCACCGCGAGGGAGAAAGUUCGACGUGGUGAGAAGAAUGAGGUCAAUGGGGAUGAGAAGUUGAGUGAAAUUGCCAAAAGCAACGUGCAAUUCAACAUGACUGUAAAUUGUCAUAAAGAUGAUCUUCUGGGGCAUCACUCCCUCGUCGUCUACUCUCUCUGUUAUUCUGUGUAGCUGUCCCCCCCCCUUCCCAUGACAAUCAAAUUGAAUGCAUCCGCCGAGGCAAUAAAUAAUAGACCAAAUCCCUCGUGCUAGAAGCAGUCUUGUCGCAGUUCUUAU